UCCCAACCUCCUUCUCCGUGAGGAGUUCACGGACAUUAGUUACCCCAAGAUGCUUGAGGGAGUGCUGCUCCUGGCGGAUGUCUCAGGUUUCACUGCCUUGGCAGAGAAGUGUGUCCAGCAGAACGGACCCGAGAGAGGAGCUGAGGAGCUGGCGCAUGCCCUCAACACCUACAUGGGGGACAUUCUGGAGGUGGUGCUGGAUUUUGGAGGAGACAUCCUGAAGUUUGCAGGUGUGUCCUUAGGAGGAGGCAGAGUCAGUGUCGUGCUGAUGCGCAGCGUCUCCCGUGGGAGCCUCCUGGAUUCCACCCUGCUUUUUGCAGAGAGCCAAGGGGAACUGCUUUGUCUCCAGCAUUGUGCAGGGCUUCUACAGGAGCGCUGAGGCGUGGGAGAAGCAGUGGGGGGG